AUGAGGGAUUUUGAGUUAAGAAUUGGUAGGCUGACCACGAGUCCGGAAUUGAUGCAGUCUGUUGUUGAGAUACAACCCUCUUCUAAAAGUCCUGUACAUAAGAAACGUAGGACAGGAAGAUAUGUAUUGCCGACAACGAAGCUAGUGGUGGGCAAAGCGUUUGAAAGAAAUAUGAAGGUUGUCUGCUCUUGGUUGUUGAAUGAUGAGGUCUUAUGCAUUGGCAUUUACGGGAUGGGGGGAAUUGGAAAGACAACUUUGGCUACGCAUAUCCACCAUCAGCUUCAAGAGAAACCAGACAUUUUUCCUCGUGUUUGUUGGAUUUCUGUCCCUCAAGAAUUUGGCGUUCACGCAUUGCAGGAUCUCAUUGCCGAAGCUUUUGGUUUAUAUCUUGGGAAUGGAAAAGAUGUGGUGAAUAGAGCCGGGGAGCUAUGGACAACAUUGAGUGUGACAAAAUGUGUUUUAAUUAUUGAUAAUUUGUGGAAUCAUUUUCCUCUUGAUAAAGUGGGAAUACCUCUUAAAACAGAUGGGUGUAAGCUGAUUCUUACAACUAGAUCAUUGGACACAUGUCGAAAAAAGGAUUGCCAAAGGAUAAUCAAAGUGGAGCCUCUUUCUGAGGGUGAGGCUUGGGAUUUGUUCAUAGACAGAUUAGGGCAUGGUGUUACACUUUGUCCUGAAAUGAAAAAAACUGCAGUGUCUAUUGUGAAGAAGUGUUCUGGUUUGCCUCUCGGAAUCAUGACAAUGGCUGGAAGCAUGAGGGGAGUGGAUGAUGUAUCUCAGUGGAGAGAUGGAUUGCGGGAACUGGCAAGUUCAGAAAUUGGAACAUGUGACAUGGAAACUGAUGUAUUUCAGAUAUUGAAAUUUAGCUAUGUUCAGUUAAAACAUAAAGCAAUUAAAGAUUGCUUCUUGUAUUGUGCAUUGUUUCCAAAAGACAAGAAGAUCAGGAGAGAGGACUUGAUAGAGUAUUUGAUUGAUGAGGAUAUAGUCAAAAAAAUGGGGAGUAGGCAAGCGCAAUUUGAUCGGGGCCAUACCAUGCUUAAUCAACUUGAAAAUGCCAGCUUAUUAGAAGGUUCCAGGGACGAAGAAAAUUACAGAUAUGUCAAGAUGCAUGAUUUGAUUUGGGAUAUGGCUGUGAAAAUAAUGAACGAAAGUGGGGGAGCUAUGGUUCAAGCAGGUGCACAACUAACAGAAUUACCUGGUGUAGGAUCGUGGAGAGAGGAAUUGUUAAGAGUUUCACUCAUGGAAAAUAGAAUCGAGAAUAUUCUUACAGACUUUUUACCAAUGUGCCCCCGUCUCUCAACAUUAUUGUUAUGCAGAAACUAUAAAUUGAAUUCGGUUGAGGAUUCUUUUUUCCAGCACCUCAUCGGACUCAAGGUUCUUGAUCUUUCCGACACAGAUAUAGAGAAGUUGCCGGAUUCUAUUUGUCAUCUGACGAGUCUAACUGCAUUGUUGCUGGGAUGGUGUGCAAAGCUGAGUUAUGUACCAUCAUUAGCAAAGCUUAAGGCAUUGGAGAAGUUGGAUCUCAGUUACACUGGACUUGAAGAUUUGCCCGAGGGAAUGGAAAGGCUGAGGGAUCUCAGGUAUCUUAAUCUUAAUGGAAGCGGGGUGCGUGUUUUACGGUCGGGUAUUUUACCCAAACUCUUAAAAUUACAGUUCCUCAAGCUUCAUCAGAAAUCUGGAGUUGUUCUCUCGGUUAGAGGAUAUCAAGUUUUCAGAUUACAUGGGUUGGAAACUUUGGAAUGCAACUUCCGUGAUCUUGACGAUUUCAGAUAUUUCCGAUUAGGACCUGCUUUCUCUUCACUAAUUGCAUGCAAGGUUACUGUAGGACGACCUUCUUUCUCUUCACUUGAAGAUCUAAAUUAUACAAGAUCGAAGUCAGGGUUAAUUAAAGAGGCUUGGUUUUAUGACCUCAUGAUUGACAAUGCAACUUUUCUGUUCCCGCGCUUCAUUACAAAAGUAGUUUUUGUGAGUUGUCAUAACAUGAGAAGCUUAUGUCCAUCAUAUGAAAUUGAAGAGCUUGGAGGGCUUGAGAUUCUACACCUUGAUGGUUUGAUAAUCUUAGAAACCCUUUUUGAAGCAUCUUCAAAGCUAGGUAGUUUUGGUGUCUUUCCCAAUCUCAGAGAGAUCGUGAUACAUAAAUGUCAUAGGAUGAAGGUGAUGCUCCCUCCUUGGCUUUUGUCUACACUCCGAUUGGAAGUGAUUGUAGUCGAAGAUUGUUACAACAUGCAGGAGAUAAUGGGAAGUUGCGAAGUUUUGGUACAUGAAAAGGAGCUUCUCUCUCUUUCUGGUAUUUUUGAUACGACAUUGAGGGUUUUGGUAUUGAAGAAAUUACCAAAUUUGAAAAGCAUUUAUUCUGGAAGACUUCAAUGCAAGUCUCUCGAAGAAAUUACUGUGGGUGAUCGCUAUUUCCCAUUCUCUUAA